UCUAUUCAAACAGUUUUGUGGUUUGGAUUUGAAAAACAAAAUUAAUAGUUUGUUUGGAAAUAAAAGUUUACUUUUUUCACAUAAAUAGUGAAAUAUUUGUGUGAAGUAUUGAUUUGACAUCAAAUCCAGUUAUAAAGUUAUAAUAAGUUGAGCGCACAAUGAGUACAUCAGACCUCAAGAAUCCGGUAUUUAUGGCCAAAUCAUUUCUGGCCGGAGGUAUCGCUGGCAUGACCUCCAAGACAGCGGUCGCACCACUCGAUCGCAUCAAAAUCCUCCUUCAGGUCCAUAACAAUCACUACAAAGAAUUUGGAGUUUUCUCUGGACUUAAGGCUAUCAUCAGAAAAGAGCGAUUUAUUAGCCUUUAUAAAGGAAAUGGGGCCCAAAUGGUGCGGAUCUUCCCAUACGCUGCCGUGCAGUUCAGCUCAUUCGAGAUCUAUAAGAGAGGUCUAUCCAUAUUCACCCGCGAGUCUGAGUCGGGAAAAGUGAAUCAUUCCUUGAAAUUCUUCGCCGGCUCUAUGGCUGGCGUGACCUCAGCUUUGAUGACCUAUCCAUUGGAUUUAUCUGAGUCGGGAAAAGUGAAUCAUUCCUUGAAAUUCUUCGCCGGCUCUAUGGCUGGCGUGACCUCAGCUUUGAUGACCUAUCCAUUGGAUUUAGUGAGGGCUCGACUGGCCUUUCACGUGACCACAACCGUGGAUGGCCUCAAGUUCCCGACCACUAUUGUCGGUACACUUGUAUACGUGUUUCAAAAUGAGGGCAAAAUGGUUGGUCUGUAUCGCGGAAUCACACCAACAGUGUUGGCAAUGAUUCCUUACGGCGGCUGUAAUUUCUAUAUGUUUGAGAGACUCAAGCAUUUGGCCGUUGAAUACAUGCCUACCGUUUGCGGGUACGAAAAGGACGGCAAAACAGUGCUCAACAUUCCCAGCAAACUAUUAUGCGGUGGUAUUGCGGGCGCUAUCGGACAGACAACUAUAUACCCGCUAGACGUGGCCCGAAGACGAAUGCAACUCUCGAUGACCAGCAAUGAGACCAAGAAGUACUCGGAAGGGCUGUUCAAGACUUUGUCCAUCACUUAUAAGGACUAUGGAGUGGUUCGCGGCCUUUACAGAGGAAUGAGUAUUAAUUACAUCAGAGCUAUACCUAUGGUUGCCGUCUCUUUCAGCACUUAUGAAAUAUGCAAACAAAUGCUUGGACUCGAGACUGGAAUA